UCUGGGAAUUGCUGCUGCUCUUCCCAUUCGUCAAGGGCUUUCCAAUCACCUGCCACUGCCACCCUCUCUGCUCCUCUCUUUGUACUUUAUUUUCACGUGCUCUUUACUAACACGGCUAUUUUUAAAAUUUCGCUUGGAUUUAUUUCUUUCUCUUUCCUUUUUUCCUUUUUCUCUUUUUCUUGCAGGGGGCGGAUGGGGGGAGGGAGGUUAACGCUUGCAUCUCCCUAAGGGAAAGAUCCCCAGCAGCCAACCCCGCUCCGGCACUGCUGCAUCCAUCCAUCCAUUCAUUUUUAUGGUCACUAGCAGCCUAUCCCGGUAGUGGAAGGUGCGGAGAAGAGGGAGGUAGCAAAGAACGAGCGAGCGGGCGGGCGGGAGACACCCGGACAGCGAGGAUGGCCGAGAGAAAGAGGAACUGGAAUAAGGAAGAUGAUCUGCCUGUGUAUCUGGCCAGGCCGGGCACCACAGCCCAGACGCCGCGGCAGAAAUACGGGGGGAUGUUCGCCUCUGUGGAGGGAGCCUACGAGAACAAAACCAUCGACUUCGACGCCUACAGCGUGGGCAAGAAGGGGUCCCGGACGCCCGGAGACCGCCACGACAUGCUGGACGGCGGCGACAACUACAGCGAGACCGCGAGCGACAUCAGCGAGGUCUCCGGCUCCGUCAUCAGCUCCCCGGGCGACCGCGAGGACAAGACCCCGGGCGUGGAGAUCCGCUACCCCACGGGCAAGGAGCUGCUGCAGGGCCACGACAACGGGCAGAGUGACCGACUACUCAUUAAAGGUGGAAGAAUUAUCAAUGAUGACCACUCCUUCUAUGCAGACAUAUACCUGGAAGAUGGACUUAUAAAGCAAAUAGGAGAAAACCUCAUUGUUCCUGGGGGAGUCAAGACCAUAGAGGCUAAUGGGCGCAUGGUUAUUCCUGGGGGAAUAGAUGUCAACACUUACCUACAAAAGCCCUACCAAGGAAUGACUGCUGUCGAUGACUUCUAUCAAGGCACAAAAGCUGCACUAGCAGGAGGCACCACUAUGAUCAUUGACCAUGUGCUCCCAGAGCCUGGCUCAAGUUUACUGACCUCCUUUGAGAAGUGGCACGAGGCAGCUGACACCAAAUCCUGUUGUGAUUACUCUCUGCAUGUGGACAUCACUAGCUGGUAUGAUGGGAUUCGAGAAGAGCUGGAAAUACUGGUGCAAGACAAAGGUGUGAACUCUUUUCAAGUCUACAUGGCCUACAAAGAUCUUUACCAAAUGUCCGACAGCCAGCUUUAUGAAGCCUUUACCUUUCUAAAAAGUCUUGGGGCAGUCAUCCUGGUGCAUGCGGAAAAUGGAGACUUGAUAGCUCAGGAACAAAAGCGUAUCCUGGAAAUGGGAAUCACGGGACCUGAGGGACAUGCCCUGAGCAGACCCGAGGAGCUGGAAGCAGAAGCGGUUUUCCGUGCCAUCACCAUUGCUAGUCGAAUAAACUGCCCAGUGUAUAUCACCAAAGUGAUGAGUAAGAGUGCAGCUGACAUCAUCGCUCUGGCUAGAAAGAAAGGUCCCCUUGUUUUUGGAGAGCCAAUCACUGCCAGCUUGGGGACAGAUGGAACACAUUAUUGGAGCAAAAACUGGGCCAAAGCUGCAGCUUUUGUGACCUCGCCACCUCUGAGCCCUGAUCCUACCACUCCAGAUCACUUAAAUUCUCUCUUAGCAUGUGGGGACCUGCAGGUGACGGGAAGUGGACACUGCCCAUAUAGCACUGCCCAGAAAGCCAUUGGAAAGGACAACUUCACUAUGAUUCCCGAAGGUGUCAAUGGAAUUGAGGAAAGAAUGACUGUUGUCUGGGACAAGGCUGUAGCCACGGGUAAGAUGGAUGAGAGCCAAUUUGUAGCUGUCACCAGCACCAAUGCUGCCAAAAUCUUUAAUCUGUAUCCAAGAAAAGGCCGGAUUGCUGUGGGAUCAGAUGCUGAUGUUGUUAUCUGGGAUCCUGAUAAGGUGAAGACUAUAACAGCCAAAAGUCAUAAAUCGGCUGUCGAAUACAACAUCUUUGAAGGAAUGGAGUGCCACGGUGCCCCACUCGUGGUCAUAAGUCAAGGGAAGAUUGUAUUUGAAGAUGGAAAUCUGCAUGUAAAUAAGGGAAUGGGCCGCUUCAUCCCUCGCAAGCCUUUCCCUGAAUAUCUUUACCAGCGGAUCAAAAUCAGGAAUAAGGUGGGAGGACUGCAAGGAGUCUCCAGAGGAAUGUACGACGGGCCUGUGUACGAAAUCCCAGCCACGCCAAAAUACGCAACUCCGGCACCCUCAACCAAAUCCUCCCCUGCCAAAAACCAGCCCCCACCAAUCAGAAACCUCCAUCAGUCCAAUUUUAGCUUAUCAGGAGCUCAAAUAGACGACAACAACCCACGCCGUACUGGACACCGCAUCGUUGCACCUCCUGGUGGCCGCUCUAAUAUUACCAGUCUUGGCUGAAAAUGCAGAUGGACAGAAACACAAGGAUGAAGGAUCAUGGGAAUAAUGUCUAUUCCCUUCAGUGUCCACGUUACUGAACCCACAGUUUUAUUUGGUACUAAUGGAAAUAAAAAUGAAAUGUCUUUUUUUUUUUUGUAUAGGAAGAGGUGAUAAUAGUGUGGUGUGUUUGCUUGGAACUACUUGCCUCACAAUUGUGCUUUCAUGCCAUAGUCACCUUAAAGCAUGGUGCUUCCAUUGCCCCUUUAGUGACUACAGGUUUUAGCUUUGUCUUGUAACUGGAUGAUGGUUCCUUUUCACCCGUUAGCUGUAUUAGAGUAGUUAAUGCAUGUUACUGAGUUAUUUAUGCAAGUUACAUACUGUGAGUGAGCCCCCUUAGAACACAUUGCCAACAAUUGACUAGACACAAUGCCAAGAUUAAUGUCCAUAUUUGACAAAUGCCACUGGACUACUUAUGGAGGAAGAAAAUGGCCAUCUUGAAAGUAUGCAGUAGAGUAAUAUAGACAGCUUCUGUUUUUAUCUUUAAUUUAUUAUAAACCCAAAAAGCACUUCUCUCAGGCACAGAAAAUCAUCAGGACACCAUAACAAGUGGUCUCUGUAGCACCCGUCCAUAUCCACCCAGUACAUUCCGAGUUGGUGUCUUUGUUGUUUCCAUUUUAGACAGAGCCAUAAUUUCUACAUAGCAAUGCCAUUGCCACCCUGCAGGGAUAUCUCCACCUGGGCAGUAGUGCUCUCCUUCUGCAUGAGUUUUUGGUACUUACAAAUAAUCCAAGUUGCCGUCGGAUUUUUAAGGUUUUUUGUACAAAGUUUUUCCUUUGUAAUCACAUGCAUUUUUACUUACUCUACCGUAUCAGAUCUACUAGUCGUGGUUCUAUUUCUGAAUUCGAAGCUUGUGAAAUAAAUGAAAUGAAUUGA